GGCCAGGCUUCAACAGCAAUGCAUACUGCCAUAUUUAAUGUUGUGUUGUGAGUGUGCUAUGCAAGCCGUGCUCUAUUCAAGACAAAUUCUACGAUUGACCCGGAUAAUCGUGGAGGGCUUGCUGUUGACCUGUCCUUGCAUGUAAUGCCUACCACAGACUACAUGUCACUUUCGCGGAGGGCGGCGAUGUCAUAGAAGUUGUACGGUUGUACUUCGUGCCCGCGAUGGUAUUCGCAAUGGGCACUACCAAAGAAGACGAAGCCGAAGGCAGUUUGACUGCGGAUGGCACUGCCACCGUCGCCCCUCUUUCGUCCGACACCGCAUCCAAGCUGUCGUCGAGGGAUGCGGCCGCGCCGGUGGCGUACUACGGCGUAGCCCUGGGCGCCGGCAUGACUCCCUGCGAUGACGAUGAGUUGCCCUUGGUUUUUGUUGACCGCACCCUGGCAUUACGCUGUGUCAAGAAGUACCGGGGAGCUCGGUUUAAGGCAUUUAGCUCCAGGGAGGAAGCUGCAGCAUUUAGCGUUCAGCCAGCAGUGACAGCCGUGGAAAGCACAGACGCACCUGACUCCACAACAGUGGCACUUGUUGGAGAGAAGAGCAGCAACUACAGAGCUCCAAAAAGCCAAGACCUUGUUCAGCUCCGCAAAGCCAUUGAAGCUGGAGAUGCCAACUUCUUCAGACAAAACGUCUGGUCCAAUCCUCGCUACCUUGUUGGAAGCGGCGACACUCCGACCAUCCUGCAGGAAGGAUACCGGUACAAUGCCCUGCACGUUGCCUGUGCCAAGCGGCAGCCUGCACUGGUGCAGUUGCUGCUGGACACUCUGCAGGAUGCACACUUUCUCGAGCUGCUCUACCCCGAUGACAGCAUCGAUGUGAGGAAUCGGCGCAAGGUGUUUCUCCUUGACCUGUACCUGAACACGCCAGACAAAGGGCGUUGUGAGACACCGCUUCACUUUGCCAGCAAGUUCGGCUGUUAUGAAGCAGUCGAGCUCCUUGUAGCAUUGCCAGAGUGUGAUCGAAACAGGCUCAAUAAGGAAGGACAAACGCCACGCCAGAUUAUUUGUGACCGGCUGCCAUCUGCAACUGCAGACUUGAAGAAGAGGAUGGACUCAUUGUUUGAAGAACGCCUGUUUGUGCCAGUGCUGCGGUCUGAGGACAACUCGAUGACACCGACAGUCGGGGAGCCAUUCUCACCCAAUGCGUCGCCCAUGCAUGGUAGUCCGGUGACGAGCCCGCGUGACACCUCGCUUACUAUCAUGGCCACUGCAGGACCAAUGUCUCCGACUGAGGCCCAUUGCAUGUACCGCCAAUGGAAGACUCCGAAGCGGCGCAGCAUAGGGAUCAAAGAGCCGCUGUCGCCCAUGGAGAACAUGCGAUUCGCUGACUUAGAGAAGGGGCUGGAGUAUAUAGGCCGUGGCCUUGCCAAGGAGAUGAAGGUGCCUUGGAAUGAGUACUGGCCUUUCCUUGGCUGCUGGUGUAACUUGGCUUCUCCAGAGGGCUUAGAAAAACUUGAGGCCCACCUACGAAGCAAACGUUCACAGGUGCUGUCUGAAAGAUGGUCCCUAGAGACUUCCCCAGCGGCAUCUGAUGAACACUCACUGUUCAGUCCCAUCAGUCAGCUUUGUGAAGCGUUGGGCGAUCUCAAAUUAGGCCCUGCAUUUGAGAAGAGCUGGAGGAGUAGGCAGGCAAGCCAAAACCACCUCCACUGUGCCAAGCUGCCAAGGACGCCCAAUGGAAGGACGCUUUCAUCAGCAGAGCCUGGCUGCAGCCCUUCUCUGUGUGGGGCGCCGCAGAAGGGUGUUCCCCUUGCAGCUCAACGCUUGGCAAGGGUACUGUUCGACUGGGCAGUAGCUCACGACACUGGCCCAGAGCCAGAAGCUGAUCUCGCCUUGCAGCUAAGUGAACAGGUACUGCCAGAGCUGGCCCACCUGGAGCACACUAGCGGCCCGGAUCUGUGGCGGCUGCACCCUUGGCUGAGCCGGGAGGUGCACGCUCUCCUGCGCGACGGCCUGGAGGCCUCCGAGCGGCAGAGCCUGUGCCGCGCCCUGCGCACGCAGUUGCCUCCUCCAUUCACCAACCGAGCAGCUACCGCGUCUCCACCCUCUACCGACGACGAAGAUGAUGGCGGCAGUGCUAGCGACAUGACACGACGUUACCGACAGCCAUCAAGCCGUUGGAGAGGUAGAACUCUGAAGCGGCAUCUGCAGUGUGUCCUGCGUUCUCUGUGUGCCUUGUUGGAGGCUGACUCGGCUGAUCCGGAACCUUUCCACUGCUUGUGCUCCCAAGCAACAGCAGGAAGCCUGGAAACAGCAUUUCUCAGAGAUUGCAAAGCUCAGCCUGUGGAGGAAGAGGAGGAAGAAGUGUUCUUCACCCCUCCCACCAGCCCGUGCUCCUCGAGUGGAUCCUCUUCUCAGGCACACACCCCUGAUGAGGGUCCGCUCUUCUAUAUACAAGGGUCCCAUCCAAGCAAAGUGGACUUGGAUGUGCUGAGGGCUCUUGAGCCGCACCUGCUGGAGCCUGAUGUCUUUGACCCUCUCACUUAUCCCUGUGUGCACCAGUGGAUGCAGGUUAUUCGCUCAUACCCAGCGGAAGCCACUUCACGGUGGCCAAGUCCUUCAGUGACAAACCUGAGGCACUCCUCACGCACAGUAUUCUCGCCUGACUCUCCACGUUCGAAUGGAGAUGGCAGGCCCGACGGGUGCCGCACGCCCCAGAGGGAAUUAUCGAGCACUCAACUGCGCCCAAAAGUCCUUUGGAGUGCCAGUCCGGGACACCUGUGACGUACUGCGUACCUGCUGCUGCUGCUGCUGCUUUUACUAGAAGAGACCAGUGCCAACCUUUAUCAAAGUGAAGCCGGUGCCACAGUCAGCCUUCUGGGGUGUUGUGUAGUGCAUGAACACCUGGUGAGAAAUACGGUGCCUCAAGACUAUUGACCACCUCAAGAAUGGGGGACAGUUUUAGUAUUUCUGACCCUUUUUUUUUCUUUACUUUUAGUAGUUUUAGUUCUGACGUUUAAUUUAUUUAGGCAGUUUUCAGAAAGUAUGAAGUAAACUUGUUUUUCAACUUGC